GCAAGACAACUCAUAUUCACAUCCAGAAAUUUUAGGACUAACAGAAAAGGAAGCCCACAAGUGCUCGUUCAGCUCAAAUCGAACAAGUGAGACUCAGAAAGCAUAAAACUCCUCCAAACUUUCCAAAUUUGUCCAUGACAGUUACCAGAGAAAGAACGUGUGCUAUAUAUUGAAAUCAUUAAUAGCCAUGGAGAGGUCGAUUAUGAGGCUUACUGCACUCCGACGCAUAUUCCACCAGAUUUUAUAGCCAUCAAUCAAAGCAGCACUUCAUUUCAAUAGCCACAUACAAAAACUAACGUAAUUGCAUUUUGCCUAUGGAGACUCCAUACCCAGAACCUAUCUCUCCCGCCAAAACACGAAUAGGAUGGAUAGGCGUAGGCGUAAUGGGUGCUGCUAUGGCCUCUCGUCUUCUCUCCGCCGGUUACUCCCUCACCAUCUAUGCUCGCACACCAUCCAAAGCCCUGUCCUUGCAGUCUAAAGGUGCCCAACUCACCAGUUCUCCAUUUGAUGUCGCCAAGUGCAGUGAUGUUGUAUUCACUAUGCUGGGACACCCAUCAGAUGUUCGAUCAGUUGUCUUAGAGAGCCAAGGCAAAGGUGUUCUUGCAGGGCUUAAUCCUGGUGGUGUUAUAGUGGAUACCACCAGUAGCCAUCCUUCUCUCGCACGAGAAAUUUUUGCAGCUGCCAGGACGAAAGGUUGUUGGGCUGUUGAUUCGCCAGUUUCUGGUGGGGAUAUUGGUGCAAGAGAUGGCAAAUUGGCUAUUUUGGCUGGUGGAGAUGAAGGCGUUAUCAAGUGGUUGUCACCCUUGUUUGAGUUGUUAGGCAAAUCUACUUACAUGGGUCCAGCGGGAUGUGGUCAGAGUUGCAAGAUAGCUAACCAGAUCGUUGUGGGGGGCAAUUUGUUGGGGUUGAGUGAAGGUCUGUUAUUCGCAGAGAAGGCAGGGUUAGAUAUGAAGAAGUGGAUGGAUGCGGUGAGGGGAGGGGCGGCAGGUUCAAUGGUUAUGGAGUUGUUUGGGGAGAGAAUGAUCGGGAGGGACUUUCGGCCAGGCGGGUUUACUGAGUACAUGGUGAAGGAUUUGGGCAUGGGCGUGGAUGUCGUGGAAGAAAGUGACGCUAGGAGGGUGCCAGUGCUGCCUGGGGCUGCUUUGAGUAAGCAGUUGUUUGCUGGGAUGGUUGCAAAUGGUGAUGGGCAUCUUGGCACGCAAGGUCUUAUAACUGUCAUAGAGAGGCUAAAUGGAAAGUAAGAUCGACGUCUCCUCUCUCUGGUUUAAGAAUUGAAUCUGAUUGUACUUUGAUUAAUUUAGCUUGAGUAUUUGUUUGAGUAGACUGGAGCUUUUACUCCAAAGAACUUUGUGAAUAAGUUAUUAAUUUGAUUUGUCUUCAAAAAGAAUGAAAUUUGUGUUGUACGAUAAAUUGAAUCAUAACUGACUACUGGUUGUGUUAACCGAUGCAGUCAGAUUGUUUUUA